CAUUCAUCAUCUUCUACAAAACCUCGAAUUGAAUCUCUCCCUAGAACCUUCGAAAUAGUUUCCAGACUCGCCUGCUAGUCUCAGCAUCAACGACAGACUUCCUCCCAUCCUGACAUGUCCUCCAAAAUCCAGAAUCCGUUCCUCCCUCCAGGCUCAUUGAUACUGGUAACAGCGGCUAACGGCCUCAUCGCCUCCCACAUUGUCGAUCAACUCAUCUACUACGGAUACAAUGUGCGCGGAACUGUGCGAUCGCAUUCUCGUAGCUCAUGGAUGGCACCGCUUUUCCAGGCUCGGUACCCUGGCUCAAAAUUUGAACUUGUCGAAAUUCCCGAUAUUUCUGCCUCAGGAUGUUACGAUGCUGCACUGAAGGGUGUGUCAUCUGUGAUUCAUACAGCCGCCAUUAAUCUGCUGGAAGACGACCCGAGUGUGAUUCCCGAGAGCGUGAAUGCAUAUAUAAAUCUGCUGGAAGCCGUAGCAGGGGCCAAUAAAUCUGGAGAAAAUAUCUUGAGAGUAAUCUUGACGAGCUCGAGCUGGGCCGUUGUCUAUCCUACCCCAAACGUACCGAUGAAAGUCGAUACCUCCACGUACAACGAAUCAGCAGCAAAGGCCCUCCUAGACCCCAACACCCCCAAAGAAGCGAGAGGAUUGAUGACGUAUGUUGCUUCCAAAGUAGCGUCGGAGCAAGAAUCUUGGAAUUGGGUCAAGGCGCAUCCAGAUGCGGGAUUCAUCCUCAAUUCUGUGAUGCCGGCGACUUGUAUCGGGCGAGUGCUAGCACCCAGAGACCAAGCGUAUCCUUCUACUGCGGGUUACGUGCGUUCUCUUUUCGAAGGCAAGAAUGCAGAGUUUUUUGCCUGGCUGGAGCCGCAAUGGUAUGUCGAUAUUUGCGAUGCGGCGAGAUUGCAUGUGGCCGCUGCGGUGGUUGAAGGCGUGGAAGGGGAGAGGAUAUUCGCUUGGGCGGAAACGUAUACGUGGAUCAAGGUCAAAGAAGUGCUAGAGGAUGAGAUGGGAAAGAAAGUGCUGAUAGAAUUGAAAGACAAGGGAGAAGAUUUGAGUGAGUGCCCCAUGGAGAGGAGUUUAGAGUUGCUGAGGGCACUUGGGUGUAAGGGGUGGCAGCCUUUUGAGCAGGCUGUGAGAGAAAACAUUAGGAGCUAUUACCCUAAAUAAAUAGGUGUGGUGAGGUGUGACAAGAAGAUAAAAUGGAUAUGUAGCAGGGUAUGGGAGGUUACGACCAUACCUUUCUUGCGCGUAAAGAUGCGAGUAACACCCGGCUCGGACCAGAUUGUAUGUAACAAGGCUACC